CUCGCGGAAGACCCACAGGCCUUGCCAACAAGGGGGCUUCGGGCCCGCGUGCACCAGAACCAGCCCCGCCGCUCCAGGAGCCCAUGAGCACCAUGCGCCUGCUGACACUCGCCCUGCUUUUCUCCUGCUCCUUCGCCCGCGCCGCCUGCGACCCCAAGAUCGUCAACAUCGGCGCCGUGUUGAGCACGCGCAAGCAUGAGCAGAUGUUCCGCGAGGCCGUGAACCAGGCCAACAAACGCCACGGCUCCUGGAAGAUCCAGCUCAACGCCACCUCUGUCACCCACAAGCCCAACGCCAUCCAGAUGGCCCUGUCCGUGUGCGAGGACCUCAUCUCCAGCCAGGUCUAUGCCAUCCUAGUUAGCCACCCACCUACUCCCAACGACCACUUCACUCCCACUCCCGUCUCCUACACAGCUGGCUUCUAUCGCAUCCCAGUCCUGGGACUGACCACUCGAAUGUCCAUCUAUUCUGACAAGAGCAUCCACCUGAGCUUCCUGAGAACCGUGCCACCCUACUCCCACCAGUCCAGCGUCUGGUUUGAGAUGAUGCGCGUCUACAACUGGAACCACAUCAUCUUGCUGGUCAGCGAUGAUCACGAGGGCCGGGCAGCGCAGAAGCGCCUGGAGACGCUGCUGGAGGAGCGCGAAUCCAAGAGUAAAAAAAGGAACUAUGAAAACCUCGACCAACUGUCCUAUGACAACAAGCGCGGACCCAAGGCCGAGAAGGUGCUGCAGUUUGACCCGGGGACAAAGAACGUGACGGCCCUGCUGAUGGAGGCACGAGAGCUGGAGGCCCGAGUCAUCAUCCUCUCUGCCAGCGAGGAUGACGCUGCCACCGUGUACCGUGCGGCCGCGAUGCUGAAUAUGACGGGCUCUGGGUACGUGUGGCUGGUGGGGGAGCGAGAGAUCUCAGGGAACGCCCUGCGCUACGCCCCGGACGGCAUCAUCGGGCUGCAGCUCAUCAACGGCAAGAACGAGUCGGCCCACAUCAGCGACGCCGUAGGAGUGGUGGCGCAGGCCGUGCACGAGCUGCUGGAGAAGGAGAACAUCACCGACCCGCCGCGGGGAUGCGUGGGCAACACCAACAUCUGGAAGACCGGCCCGCUAUUCAAGAGGGUGCUGAUGUCUUCCAAGUACGCGGAUGGAGUGACCGGCCGUGUGGAGUUCAAUGAGGACGGGGACCGUAAAUUUGCCAACUAUAGCAUCAUGAAUCUGCAGAACCGCAAGCUGGUGCAAGUGGGCAUUUACAACGGCACCCACGUCAUCCCUAAUGACAGGAAGAUCAUCUGGCCAGGAGGAGAGACAGAGAAGCCUCGAGGGUACCAGAUGUCCACCAGAUUAAAGAUCGUGACGAUCCACCAGGAGCCCUUUGUGUAUGUCAAGCCCACGCUAAGCGAUGGGACGUGCAAAGAGGAGUUCACCGUCAACGGCGACCCCGUCAAGAAGGUGAUCUGCACUGGGCCCAACGACACAUCACCAGGCAGCCCGCGCCACACGGUGCCUCAGUGCUGCUAUGGCUUCUGCGUUGACCUGCUCAUCAAGCUGGCGCGGACCAUGAACUUCACCUACGAGGUGCACCUUGUAGCGGAUGGCAAGUUUGGCACUCAGGAGCGGGUGAACAACAGCAACAAAAAGGAGUGGAACGGGAUGAUGGGUGAGCUGCUCAGCGGACAGGCAGACAUGAUCGUGGCACCACUGACCAUUAACAAUGAGCGUGCUCAGUACAUUGAGUUCUCCAAGCCCUUCAAGUACCAGGGCCUGACCAUCCUGGUCAAGAAGGAAAUCCCCCGGAGCACACUGGACUCAUUCAUGCAGCCCUUUCAGAGCACACUGUGGCUGCUGGUGGGACUGUCAGUGCAUGUGGUGGCCGUGAUGUUGUACCUGCUGGACCGCUUCAGUCCUUUUGGCCGCUUCAAGGUGAACAGUGAGGAAGAAGAGGAGGAUGCACUGACCCUAUCCUCUGCCAUGUGGUUCUCCUGGGGUGUCCUGCUCAACUCUGGCAUUGGGGAAGGAGCCCCCCGAAGCUUCUCUGCCCGCAUCUUGGGCAUGGUGUGGGCUGGCUUUGCCAUGAUCAUUGUGGCCUCCUAUACUGCCAACCUGGCAGCCUUUCUGGUGUUGGAUCGGCCCGAGGAACGCAUCACAGGAAUUAACGACCCACGGCUCAGGAACCCCUCCGACAAGUUCAUAUACGCCACCGUGAAGCAGAGCUCGGUGGACAUCUACUUCCGGCGGCAGGUGGAGCUGAGCACCAUGUACCGGCAUAUGGAAAAGCACAACUACGAGAGCGCGGCUGAGGCCAUCCAAGCUGUGCGGGACAACAAGCUUCACGCCUUCAUCUGGGACUCGGCAGUGCUGGAGUUCGAGGCUUCACAGAAGUGUGACCUGGUGACCACAGGCGAGCUGUUCUUCCGCUCGGGCUUUGGCAUCGGCAUGCGCAAAGACAGCCCCUGGAAGCAGAAUGUCUCCCUGUCUAUACUCAAGUCCCAUGAGAACGGCUUCAUGGAGGAUCUGGACAAGACAUGGGUUCGGUAUCAGGAAUGUGACUCUCGGAGCAACGCUCCUGCAACCCUCACUUUCGAGAACAUGGCAGGGGUCUUCAUGCUAGUGGCCGGCGGCAUCGUGGCCGGAAUCUUCCUGAUUUUUAUUGAGAUUGCCUAUAAGAGACACAAGGACGCCCGCAGGAAGCAGAUGCAGCUGGCUUUUGCAGCAGUGAACGUGUGGAGGAAGAACCUGCAGGAUAGAAAGAGUGGUAGAGCAGAGCCCGACCCUAAAAAGAAAGCCACAUUUAGGGCUAUCACCUCCACCCUGGCCUCCAGCUUCAAGAGACGUAGGUCCUCCAAAGACACGCAGUACCAUCCCACUGAUAUCACGGGCCCGCUCAACCUCUCAGAUCCCUCGGUCAGCACCGUGGUGUGAGGCCCCCCGGAGGCGCCCACCUGCCCAGUUAGCCCGGCCAAGGACACUGAUGAGUCCUGCUGCUCGGGAAGGCCUGAGGGAAACCCACCCGCCCCAGAGACUGCCCACCCUGGGCCUCCCGUUCGCCUGCCCUGCUGCCUGGUGGGCAGCCCCUGCUGGACCAAGGUGGGGACCGGAGCGGCUGAGGACGGGCCAGAGCUGAGCCGGCUGGGCAGGGCCACAGGGCGCUCCGGCAGAGGCAGGGCCCUGGGGUCUCUGAGCAGUCGGGUGAGGGGCCUAAGUGGCCCCAGGUGGAGGGGCCUGGAGCACAAAUGACAGCCCCAUCCUCCCUCCAGCCGCCACCCUGAGCCACAGUGGGGGCCCAUGGCCCCAGUUGGCUGGAUCACCCCUCCGCUAGCGCUUGCUCUGGGCAGCCUGAGCUCCACCCCUCUCCUCUCCUGCUGCACCAUCCUCCCACAACCUUCCUUCCCCAUCCCAUUCUCUGGGCUGGCCCUGACCUUCCCCCAGGGCCAGCUCUGUCUGCCCGGCUGGCAACAGCUCCCAAGGGUGCUCUCUGGCUCCCGGCUGCCUCGGGCUCCUCCAGACUGAGGGCUGAGCCUCUUCGUCCACCUGCAGUCGUGGCAGGUUUCUCCAGAUGCUGGCUCGGACUGUCUUGAACCCUGCCCUGCACCUUGGGCACCGGAGAAUACCACCUGCCCUCUCUUCUGAGUGCCACUCACCCACCACCUUGUAUAUGACCAGCCCUCCCAGUGUCCAAGCGCGUGCCUUCCCAGCGCGGCCCGUGCGCAGCAAUGCACUGCCCCUCUACCCCCAGGGGGGCCGGGGGCGCACAGCCACCCCCAACCCCGGGAUUCAGUGGUGAUGCCUAAAGGAAUGUCACGAAAA